UCUUCAUGGUUUCAAAUAUCAAAACUAUAAUUAUGUUCUGAAAAACAUGCCCACCACAAACUCAAACUCACAAUUGAGCUGAUUUCCCAAGCUUGUUCUGCUUCUGCUGCAACCAUGGCUUUGUGCUACAACUCUCUCAAUCCCUCAACAGCAGCUUUCUCCAGAACCAAUUUCUCAGUUCCUUCCAACAAAGACCAUUCACUGGAAACUUCACCUUUUCUCAGCUAUGUCCAUCGCUUGGGAAGAACAAGAAACAGAGCAACAAAGCAGGGGAAGAAGGUGACCCAUGUCAAAGCUGCAGUGGCAGAGCGUGAGGCUCCACCAGCUGCAUCAUCACCGCAGAAGAAGAAGCAGCUGAGGGUGCUUGUGGCAGGUGGUGGGAUUGGUGGGUUGGUUUUUGCUUUGGCUGCAAAGAAGAAGGGGUUUGAGGUUGUGGUGUUUGAGAAGGAUUUGAGUGCUGUGAGAGGGGAAGGACAGUACAGGGGUCCAAUUCAGAUACAGAGUAAUGCUUUGGCUGCUUUGGAAGCUAUUGAUCCUGAUGUUGCUGAUGAAGUUAUGAGGCUUGGUUGCAUCACUGGUGAUAGAAUCAAUGGGCUUGUGGAUGGGGUUUCUGGUUCUUGGUAUGUCAAGUUUGAUACAUUCACUCCUGCAGUGGAACGUGGGCUUCCAGUCACAAGAGUUAUUAGUCGAAUGGUUUUACAAGGGAUCCUUGCUCGUGCAGUUGGGGAUGAUAUCAUUAUGAAUGCCAGUAACGUUGUUAGUUUUGUGGAUGAUGGAAACAAGGUAACAGUUGAGCUUGAGAAUGGUGAGAAAUACGAAGGAGAUCUAUUGGUUGGGGCAGAUGGUAUAUGGUCCAAGGUGAGAAAACAGUUAUUUGGGCUAACAGAAGCUGUUUACUCUGGCUAUACUUGUUAUACUGGUAUUGCAGAUUUUGUGCCUGCUGACAUUGAAUCUGUUGGGUACCGAGUAUUCUUGGGACACAAACAAUACUUUGUAUCAUCAGAUGUUGGGGGCGGAAAAAUGCAAUGGUAUGCUUUUUACAACGAACCUGCUGGUGGUGCUGAUGAUGCCAAUGGAAAAAAGAAAAGGUUACUUAGUAUAUUUGAGGGCUGGUGUGACAACGCACUAGAUCUGAUACUCGCCACGGAAGAAGAGGCAAUUCUGCGACGGGACAUAUAUGACAAGAUACCUACAUUGAAAUGGGGAAAGGGUCGUGUGACUUUGCUUGGUGAUUCUGUCCAUGCCAUGCAGCCAAAUCUGGGCCAAGGAGGAUGCAUGGCCAUUGAGGACAGUUAUCAACUUGCAUCGGAGUUGGACAAUGCAUGGGAACAAAGUAUUAGAUCAGGGUCACCAAUUGAAAUUGAUUCAUCCCUAAGGAGCUACGAGAGAGAAAGAAGACUACGAGUCGCCAUUAUUCAUGGAAUGGCUAGAAUGGCAGCUCUGAUGGCUUCUACCUACAAGGCAUAUCUGGGUGUUGGUCUUGGCCCUUUAGAGUUUUUGACAAAGUUUCGCAUACCACAUCCUGGAAGAGUUGGAGGAAGGUUUUUCGUUGACAUUUUUAUGCCGUAUAUGUUGGACUGGAUUUUAGGUGGAAAUAGCUCCAAACUUGAAGGAAGACCGCUAAGUUGCAGGCUCUCAGACAAAGCAAAUGACCAGUUACGCAGAUGGUUCGAAGAUGAUGAUGCACUUGAGAGUGCUAUUAAUGGAGAGUGGACUUUAUUACCAUGUGGGGAUGAAACAGGUCAUUCAGAACCCAUACGUAUAAGUCAAAAUGAGAUGAAACCCUGCAUAAUCGGGAGUGAGCUGCAAGGCACUUCAGUUACAAUACCUUCGCCCCAGGUUUCUCCAAUGCAUGCUCGAAUUAACUACAAGGACGGUGGCUUCUUCUUGAUUGAUUUGCGAAGUGAACAUGGAACAUGGAUCUCUGACAUUGAAGGAAAGCGGUACCGGGUACCUCCUAAUUACCCUGCUCGUAUCCAUCCAUCUGAUGUUCUUGAGUUCGGUUCUAGAAAGGUUUCAUUUCGUGUUAAGGUGACAAGAACAGCUCCAAGAGUCUCUGAGGAAGAAAGGACAAAGAUUUUGCAGGGAGUAUGAUUGAUUUUGUUCAGUUACAAAUUGUACGUUACAGAAAAUUUAUACAACACACGUUUGCAGUUGGAGCACAAUCUGCAUUCCUUCAGGGAAGUGUACUAUAAAUUGAUUGUGUAUAAAUUGAUUAUUACCAUAGUCCAUAGGCAGUAGGCACUCCAUUCAACACUUGUGUUAUGACAUGUUUUAGACAUAGAGGCAUUUAUAUCAUGGCUUGUACUAUAAGCUUACACAUGCUUAAUGUUGAGUCAUGAGUGGAGUUACCAUAGUACAUAGUGCCUGGCUUUGAAAUUUUCAUACUUUUAAUUGUGAUGUACAAAAAGGACAUGUUUACCUAUUAAUAUAAGGAGCAAUUUCAA